AUGAGCAGCACGUAUAUCCGGUCGGGGUCGCUGUUGGGCUGCCGCUGCGCUCCGUUACGCGCCGUCAAGAGCCUUAAAGGCAAGUCAAAUGCCAGCGCGCGCUGGGUACGUCGACAGUGGAGCGAUCCCGUGGUAAAACAGGCCAAACGCGAAGGUCUCCGCUCCCGCGCAGCCUUCAAACUACGGGAACUCAACGACCGCUUCCAGCUGCUACGUCGCGGCGAUAUGGUUCUGGACUUGGGUGCAGCUCCUGGCGGGUGGACGCAAGUAGCUGUGGAGGCCACGACCCCCAAGAGCCAAAAAACAGUUGGCCCCCCGCGUGUUGUGGCCGUGGACCUCCUGCACUUUGACCCCAUCGAGGGUGCGUCUAUCGUAGUGGGGGAUUUCCGCCAAGCUGCAGUCCGAAAACAACUGGCUGAGGCGCUCAGAGGUCGCAAAGCCGACGUGGUUCUCAGCGACAUGGCUCCAUCUUUCUCUGGUAACUUCCUAACGGAUAGUCAACACCAACUACGGCUAUGCCACAACGCUCUCAAGAUGGCGGAGCUUUAUCUACGUCCAGGAGGCAACUUUGCCACAAAAGUAUUGCGUUGUGACGGCUCCGAGGAGUUCCGAGCGGACUUAAAGGCAAGUUUUGACGUGGUGAAAGGUAUGAAGCCACAGUCGUCGCGACCAGAAUCCACCGAGAUGUUCCUUGUUGCCAAGGGGUUUAAAGGCGUGCAACAAGUGAAUUAA